AUGUCUGGUAUUGAAGUUGCUAGUCUUGUGCUAGGCAUCGUUCCAGUCGUCGUUGAAGUCCUGAAGUCCUAUCGCAGUGCGCGCGACCGAUUCAAUACUUUCAGGCACUAUUCAGAUGUCGUUGAUGGAGUGCGACUCUCGUAUGCGACUGCUGCGGCAUCUUUCAAGAACGAUUGCCAGUUGCUAUUGCAAUGUGUUCUUCAAGAUGCGCGGGAGAUUUCACAAAUGGUGGAAGAUCCAAGGCACGGCGCUUGGCAUACACCAGAGCUCGAAGGCCGAUUCCGAAAUUAUUUGGGUGCUGACUAUGAGAUCUUCGAGCUCAUGAUUACGGAGAUAAAGCGUAUACUGCGCGAAACGGGAGAAGGCUUGAGAGACCUCCCUGUCGAAGACACGAAGAAGCGCACAUCACAGCAUGACACGAAGCAGCGCCUCUAUCUGGCAUUCAAUAUCUCACGCAAAGAGAAUCGAUAUCGAAGAUGGCUCCAACAACUACAUGAUCGAAACACGCAGUUCGGAGAUCUCAAUAAGCAGCGACGUAAACUGCAGAAGCGACACACCGCCCAAUCGGGCUGCAUCGUGCGCAAAGCGGUACCUCGUAAAUAUGGCUGUGUUCAAACUGCGUCUCAAAGACUCCACGAAUCGCUCAAUGAUUCAUGGUCCUGUAAAAAUGGCAUGCACUGUGGACAUGAGGCAAAGCUGUGUCUUGAGGCAAAGGCGGACUAUGGCAGUGUCCGUCUGGACAUGGUGAUCGCUGGUAGAAUCAAGCCUACCGCACAAAGCCACGCUCAUUCAGAUAUGGAAACUCCACUAUGGCUGUUCGUAGAAGCACUUACUACGACUGGGGCAGUGGCAAAACCAAUCGAAACAAUCACAGGAGUAACCAGUGCUCUACUGCCAACAACUAAUACGGCACUAUCUACUAUUGAUAGCUCUAAUUCUGAGUCUUUCGGCGGUAAUAUCAAGCGGAAGUACCAGCAGAGCGUGCGUUUCGACACAUCUGUCAACCAGGGCAGAGCACCUGCCAAAACAACCGGAAACAAAACGCUACGAUCAUCAGGCCCUCCUGGAGAUCCUAAAUUGCAGUCGCUCCUAAUGGUGGACUUGAUGAAAACAGACAGCAUCUGUUGUCAUCUGAAGAAGUACUCUACACCAGCGCCAACCUGUGUCGAUUCCUGCUUGGGUUAUUUGGAGCACCAAAAAGCCAUAGACACAUGCCGGUUCGUUUUCUACGAUGCUAUUAGAGAUGUAAAACAUCCCAAGGUCAUGCUUGGAGCAGUAGGCGACACUGUUCAGAUCGUCACAAUGAUGAGCAACUUAAGGACCCUUCACCAACUCACGCUUGCACACCAGCUCGCCACGGCAACACUGCAAUAUCGUUCGACAUUUUGGCUAGCAGCAGAUUGGAGCUUACAAGACAUCGCAUACUUUGCCGGUUCUGCACAAGCGAUGCCAGGGUCUUGCGGUCAAGAUACCUCGGACAGGCUCUUGGAACAGCUUCGAAGCCUUCAUUUGAGCACACAGUUCCCUAACAAAGACUUGAGCAAAAAAUUCCACGCCACAGGCGAAUCUGAAGCUGACCUCGCAAUCAGCUGUGGAAUCAGAAACCUCCCACUGGCAAACUUAGGCAUCGCUUUACUGGAGAUAGGCUGCCAGGCUGAGAUCAAGACAUUAGCUGCUUUGUCCGCACCGCACAACAUCAUCCGCGCUCGCAAAGUGCUCCAAACCCCACCUCCAGCAAUAGCGCAUUUGGGAAAACGCUAUCAAAGGAUCAUACAACAGUGUAUUGACUGCGACUUCUCGUGUGGCAACGACCUCGAUUCCGAAGAGCUGCAAAGCGCGGUUUAUACCGAUGUAGUGUGUGAACUUGAGAGCUUGGUGAUGGGAUUGAAGAGAUUUCUUGGAAUCGAAUAG